AUGGCCAGAAAACGAAAAUGCUUAGAAGCCGCGUCCAAUCGUCCUACCAAGCAACAGAAAGCGGCCAAUCAUGGGUCCGUUGGCCCGCAUCAUCUUUCAUCCUCUGUACACCAUCCUGUGCUGUCAGCCUACUAUCCGAGGGUUUGCACGCUGCGGAGUUAUCUUCUGGGAGCCUUACCUGCCACGUCACGUACUCGAAGAGAGAAGCUCGCAACAUUUGGAAAGAAUGACGCUGUUGACCUACUCGACAACUCUCUGGUGGGUGUGCUCAAGAACACAUCAACAUCUGUUAAACAGGCGCGGAAAACCGACUUUGCUACGUUCACUCAAAGCCAGUCCCGGGUAACUGGUGCUGAUACUGGCCGCACACAACCAUGUUCCAUAGACGAGGUUGUGGACUUUGUCAUUUGGUCGCUGUUCAGAAGCAAUUUCGGGAACAGGGCUCGGCCUCAGCACAUUCUUUGCCACGGUCUCCAGAGAGGCAGAUCUCCUCAGGAUCAUGGAUAUCAGCAUGGAGGACCGGCACCUAUUUUGCCUGGUAUCAUCCGAAGACAUCCCAAUGAAAAUAUAGACAUUCUAAAAUCGUCGGCUUGGUCAGAUGUCCUCUCUUUGCUGGGAGUAGACGGCGAAGUCAUCUUUUCAAAUUUGCUCCUGGACUGUGGUGUCUUUACACUCAUAACAAGUGGGAAAGACAAUUAUUUCCAAUUGAGUGGUAUCCCAAUCUCGGAGCUGCCUCGGAUUGAACAUUCUACUGAAGGGAAAGAUGUUUCGCGUGCGAGAAGGGAUAUUCGACACUCGAAACUUGGCGACAUCCGUUUCGUCAGAAACCGCAUGUUCUAUGCUCGACCGUUCUCCAGUGCUGUUGGCAAGGUCAAAGGCGGACUUCAUCAUACGCAUAUUCUGCAAAGAUUGACAAAUGCUGCUGAACAGCACCAGGCAGUCCAUCUCUUGAAGUAUGUCUUUCCACGCCAGUUCGGUUUACACAAUGCUUUCACGUCAGUGGUUUACUCAAGCGAAACCGUGCAUCGGUUCAAGGACUACACAGUCCGCGAACAGGAGAUAGCCAGGCAGCAAAAACGACCGUUGAGUUGGGCUCCGCGUCGCCUGAGGGGAGAGCCAAUGCAGCUCGUCCAGAAAAUUCACAAAAACCACAGAUCAUGUUCUUACAGCCAGCUUUUGAGGCAUUACUGCCCUCUAACCUUCUCUGAAUACGCCUCCUCUUUCCGUCAGAGCGACGAGGCACCACCGGCUUUAGGCCCCGAAAACUUCGUUACACAGGUCAACCUGUCCGGGUCGCCACAAACAGUGACGGACCGUGCUUGCAAUAGUAACGAUGCAGAUUCUUCCUUUUUACCGCAUUCAACUCCUUUGGCGAGAGUCUCGGCAUUCUGCCGCUCGGUCAUCUGUCAUCUGCUACCACGCGAUACAUUUGGCAGCGGUUUGAGGGGUCAGCAGAACCAUCAACUCAUGAUGAACAGGAUCGACGAAUUUGUUCGAAUGCGCCGCUUUGAAUCCUUGAGCCUGCAUGAGACUGUCCAGGGAAUCAAUGUGAGAUCUAUUUCAUGGCUAUCAGGCCCAAAAUGUCUGGAGCAGAGGAUCUCCAGGUCUGAUUUCGUUAAGCGCCUAGAGGUCUUCCACGAAUUUGUCUACUAUGUUUUUGAUUCUUUGCUCAUACCUAUCAUUCGAGCUCAUUUCUACAUUACCGAAAGUUCGACCCAUCGACAUCGGUUAUUCUACUUCCGACAAGACAUAUGGCGCAAACUCUCGGAGCCCACUCUUGCAACGUUGAGACUGAGCAUGUACGCACCUAUCAGAUCCGCUGAAGCUCGACGCAAGCUACAAUCUCGAGCAUUGGGAUACAGCCAUCUGCGACUGCUGCCAAAAGACCAAGGCGCCCGACCCAUAAUGAACUUGAGGCGGAGGCAACCAAAGUUGGCUGGUGGCACAAGACUUCUUGGAGACAGCAUCAACACCCAACUGGCACCUAUCUUCCAAGUGCUCAACUUUGAACGAGGACGUAGUCCUACACCACUAGGCUCUGCUUUGUUAUCCGUUGGUGACAUCUACGGAAAGCUGACCGAUUUCAAGAGGGUACUCCGCCCGGAGUCGACUCUGUUCUUUGUUAAGGUCGACAUCAAAUCGUGCUUUGACACCAUUCCGCAGCAGCCACUACUGCAGAUUGCAAGCUCCCUGCUUCAAGAAACCUCAUAUCGAACGACUAAACACCUUGAGAUCAAAUCGACGAAUCCGGGUCAGCGCACAGGUCAGGGAGACCUGAGACGGCGUUUCGCGGGCGUUGCCCGCCCAACUGAUACACGCGCGGUGCUUUCGGAAGCAUCAGUGUCCAGUUUGGCCUCUGGGAAACGUCAUGUGGUUUUUGCGGACACAGGGAACAACAGAAUAUGGGGUCGGGAUUCGUUGCUGAAUCUUCUUCAAAAUCAUGUGUGCGACAGUAUGGUUAAGAUUGGCAAAAAGUACAUGAAACAAAUUGAGGGCAUCCCCCAAGGAUCCAUCCUCAGCAGCCUUCUUUGCAGCUACUUUUACGGUGCGUUCGAGCGGAACGAAUUAGGCUUCCUGGUACCGGAGUCGUGCUUGUUGCUGCGGCUCAUCGACGAUUUUCUGCUUAUCACGACGGAUGACAACCUUGGUCGACGAUUUCUAGAGGUCAUGGUAAGUGGUGACGAGCAUUACGGAAUCCAGGUCAAUGCCGAAAAGUCCCUGGUCAAUUUUGACGUGAUGAUCAACGGUCAGAAAGUGCCACGGGUACACGGCAGCAACUUCUUCCCGUACUGUGGGUUGGGAAUCCAUAUGAAGACGUUGGAGGUGAAGAAAGACAGAGAAAAGAAAGACGGCUUUAUCGGCAAUGCUCUGACGGUCGAGAGCGGUUUGAGACCCGGAACGACUUUGAAACGGAGAAUCCUGUCUUCUCUCAAGCUGCAGAUGCAUUCCAUGUUCCUGGAUCUGUCACUGAACAGCCGAAGCCAAGUGAUCUCGACAUUGCUGGGCAAUUUUACCGAGUCAGCAAUGAAGAUGCACCAAUACGUUUCGGGAUUGGCAACAAAGAGACGACCGUCGCAGAAGUUCCUCGGUGACAUGAUAGAAGAUCUCAUCUCGGCGGGACACAAGAUUUGUUGCGAGAAGAAUGGCAUUCGUACGCACGUCAGACACAUCACCCGACGGCAAAUGUGUUGGAUCGCCGCAGCUGCUUUUGAAAGGGUUCUAGAGCGCAAACAGAGCCAAUACAAGGAUCUGCUCGUCUGGUUGAGAUCGCUGCGAGAAGGAACACAGAAAGGGAUGAACAUGGAAGAAGCGGCCAUUGCAGAGCAUUUACGAGAAAACGAGCGAGCGUUUAGCAGAUAUGUAUAUUGA